AUGUUCCUGCAUGCCGGUGCUAGCUUACACGGUCACGAAUAUUCGACGAAUCGUCCAUCAACACAAGCACACCAAGGACCAUUGCCUUUCCUUCGCUCUGCGCUUCGACGCCAAUCGGAUGGUGACAGGACUGCGAGACCCAUGUCUGCAGUCAUAACAUCAUCAUCACCCUCACCACAACCUCGACCCGUGUCAUAUCAUGAGAAGAUCCCAUCGAUAACUACUGUGACACCGAUACGUCGCACCUCUCGGCCAAGACCAGUGUCCGAGUACAUGCCUCGGCGAGAUCUAUCUGUUCGCUUCCGCGACCCUGAAACUGACGAUGAGUUACCGCCCUCAGAAGUUCAAAGCGAAGAUGAAGGUUCGGCUGCCUGCUCAGAUGUGAGCGACCUAAGCGAUUCCUCAACAACACCAAGAAGGAGAAGGAGAAAGCGUACUUUCAGAAAAUCGACACAGUUUCUUCUCGCACACCCAGCUCCAAGACCAGGAGCCAGACAGCGUCGACUAGUUCAGCGUCCACGACUGCUUCUCCAAUUACAGGAACUUGGCGAGAAACGCCCUAUUCCUGCCUUUGACGUAGUACCAUCCAGUCUCAUCACUGGUUCUCAGAUCGUACCUCGAAUGGCUAAGCGUUGCCCGCAUCUGUUUCGUACCAAACCAGUACUUGGUGCCAACGAUCUUCUCGUUGUUCGUAGCGAGGACUACGGCACACCAACAUCUCCCGGAUCGCUAGACGCUGAGGAUUCCCUCGAUCAAAGAGAUGUGGUUGCUGUGAUUAGCCCUCUUCCGCUAAUGGGCGAGGAGUCGGCUGAGAUCGUAAUGGAGGAUGGAUCAACAUGGGAAUCGAGCUUAAUGCCCAAUGGCUCAUACGAAUUUAUCGGAGUUGACGAGCGAGGGCGGAUCAGUACCGCGCGAUGGGUAAAGAAGACAUCAACACCAGCAUCCCCCAUGCCCAGGGGUAAUAGCGAACCAACACCACCUUCUAGCCCAUUACCAGCAGAAGUCAAAUGGACUUUCAGUAUGAUACACCCCGAUACGCGAAGGCACCCUAUCAUGGGCUCCCUCAUGUCGAACACGCUGGACGUCUUCGAUACCUAUAAUACCAUGUCAACCUCAAGCGGCCGAUAUCCUCCUACGCGAAACACGCCGAUAGAUUGCAAGCUGGCCAGUGACUGGAUCGUAUCCAACCCACCUGAAAUUCAAUCGCGAUUAACAAAGGUUGUACCGGACGACAUCAAGCUGCUGAUGGUCGCAACGGCAUCCUGGGUCAAUCUUCGACAGAGUGAAUGGUCACCAACGGGAAUCUGCAGGGGACCAAGCACAUUACAAAAACGCACACUUAGCAAUGGCAGCCAGCAGAGAGCUCAAACAUUCCCCGUUCGGCCAAGUCUUCCUCUUUUUAACCCUUCGCACCAAUUACCACGCGUCAACACGAGUCCAGCUAGUAGUUCGUUGGACAGUUCCUCGUCAGACAUACCCUCUCGUCGAAGAUCAGUGUCUAAUAAUGUUGGAUUUGUUAAGAGGUUCGUAGUACCUCGUGCUAGCGAGGAUGGCAGGCCACCGCUGGAGUCGCUUGAUAUCAAGCCAGACAGACCACCGACGAGACGUGUGAGCAUCAGCAUGCGCAACUUUGCGGAUAAAAUCUUCCGGCGGAGAAGUAAUUCUCAUGCCCAGGUUGAAGAUACAUUUCACCCCAGAUAG